AUGGACGAGCUUCUCCAGCGCCUCAAGAACCACCCUACGCAGGGCCAGACCAACCAAGCUUCACCGGAGUUGCGCUCGUCUUCGCAGCAGACUGCACCAUUGAGCUCACUCUGGGCCAAUCAGCCACCUCCGUCUGCAUCGCCGCUGAUCUCUCCGCUGCCACCAUCAUCCACCAUGGCUUCACCGCAGCCUGUCACCGGCGCACCCACUGCUGACAGCGACCGCACCAAGUCGCUCCUCAACUUGCUACGAUCAAGCGGCACGCCGGGCCAACAGCAGUCUCAGUCAAGCCCAUUGGCAAAUUUGCAAAACGUGUCCGCGAAUCGCCACUCCUCAUYGCAGAUUCCCACGAUUCAGUCUCUGCACGGCAGUGAGGCCAGCCAGUCCCGGCCUCUCUCAGCCCACGACUUGAUGCUCAACAUUCAGCGCAAGCCAUCAGGCCAAUCAUCAAUGGCUGCGCCCGGAGCUGAGAAGCAAGAGAGCACGCAGAGCAAGUCUCAGGACAUCUUGCUCAACCUCUUCAAGAAGCCCGCACCACAGCCACAGCCGCAGACACAGACACAGACACAGACGCAGACUUCUAGCAAGCCAUCUACUGGCCUCAGCUCUGAUGGCGAUGCUUCAACCCACAACACGCCGUCCCGCACCGAGCCCGAGCCAACGCCAGUUCGUCAGUUCGGUAGCCCAGUCAACGGCAGCACUCAAUUCGAGGCGCCCCAGCCAUCCAAAGCAUCCAAGUUCAGCUACGUCAAUCCGUUUGACACGCUUCACUCAUCCUCGCCGCUGAACCGUGAUCGCUCUCCCAACCCAGCAACCCGCAACGAGCCUAAAAAGAUCGAGAUUCUCAAGCACAACCGCGACACGACACCAUCCCAGCACGGCGAGAAUGCGGCACCUGCACCGAAGAGUCGGAAGCUUGGAUCGGGUGAUACUGCAUCGGUCACAGCGGCCGACAGCAAGAGCCAGAGUGUUUCACAAGUGCUCGAAGGAGUUGGUGAACAGGUGGAUAAGCAGGUCGAGGAGGCGCUGGCAGCUGCUGGUGCGUCUCACGACAAAGUCAAGGCUAUUCCUGCGGAUGCCGCAAACGAUUCUCCUCCCGUCAAGAAGGAGAACACAGACAAUGCCGACGUGGAGUCAAGCUGGGAGAGCGCCGAAGAUGUCAAGAAGCCAGAGGAUUCUGUGGUUGAGGUUUUCAACUUCCCUAUGAAGCCUUUUGUCUCUAUCCAGAUCAAGCCAAAGGCUGCGCGUCCGAUACGUCAAGACAACUUCAUGGUGAUUGCCCAGCUGAAGAAGGAGUUCGACCAGAUUGACCGAUGCCUGGCCACCGCGAGUAAGACGCAUAUCAUGUAUGCUCAGGUGGCCACGAAGAAGGACAAUGGUGGACUGCGAGUCAUCCGUCAGGACAGCGGUGAUCACAAGCAAAUCUACCGCUCCAGCGGCGAGCGCGUGUUCAGCGUCCAGCUCUGCAACUCCGACCAGUCCGGCAACGAUGUCGAGACUCUAUUGGGCACAGGUGUGAACGGCUCCAUCUUCUGGGCCUCUCUCGCAAAGUCUCGCGGUGACUUGUUCGCCGAUGACGAUGUGGAGGCCCAGGGCUUCACCAUGCCCGCGGUGCAGACUGCGGAGGAGAAUACCUCGGGAUCCCCAGUCAAGACGCGCGCAAAGAUGAGCUGCCGUCACCCCGAAUUCUUCGCCAUUGCCCGCGGCAAGCAGAUAUACAUCAUCUCUCCAGAGACUGUGAAGUCGCCGGACUACUGCAACCAGACUACUCGGGUCGUUGACAGUGAACAAUUCUUCAAGGACCAUACGCUGAGAAUCAACACCGGCAAGGCUGGCAAGGACUUUGCCUUUUCCGAGGAUGAUUCAGUGAUUGUCAGCCUCGAUAAGAACGGGCGCUUCAAGUUCUGGGAUAUCCGCGAUCUAACCAGCCGUGCCAUUGCCAUCGCUGAGGUCAAGCACGAGCCCGUCGAAAUGAAGGAUCCUCUGUGGACUAUGAACGCCGUUACUUCCGGUAGCAAGCCAGAGGAGAAGCCAAGCGUUUCUUCAAUCAUGUUCCUCGAUAAGGAUCGUGCCGUCGCCAAGGGAUGCGCUCUUCGCUACGUGCUGAUCGGCUUCAAGCAGAACCACAUCCUCCAGCUCUGGGACCUUGGUCUCGGGAAGGCGGUGCAAGAGAUUCGCCUUCCACACGAGAAGGACAGUGAUGGUAUCUGCAGCAUCACUUACCAUCCCAAGACUGGUAUCGUUGCAGUCGGACACCCGACGCGAAACAGCAUCUACUUCAUUCAUCUCAGUGCGCCCAAGUACAACAUCCCGACCAUGGACCAGGCUAGGUACAUCAGCAUGCUCGCCCGUAGUGACCCAAGCCUUCCUCGGCCUGAGAGCACGGCCAUCAUGAGCGGACUUAGGGAGUUCUCCUUCGCCAASGUUGGUCAGCUCAGAAGCCUGGACAUGUUGCGCCAGCCCGUCGAUAACGGCGCCGAGCGCAACACUGCAGAUGAGUCCAUGUUCGAACUAUACAUCAUGCACUCCAAGGGCGUCGUCGGCAUCAGCAUCAAGCGCGAGGAUCUGGGAUGGGACGUACAAGGCAAGAUGGUCAACCCCAGGGAUGCCGAAAAAGAGGGCGUCAUCGCCGUCUCCGAGCUUGUUACGGUGCAUAAGGCUUCCAGCGAGCAGUCCAGCAAUGCAGACAGUACGUCAAAGCCAGUUCCAAAACUUGUCACUAUCAACAAGAAGCCAGAGCCAACAAAGGCGAAGAGCGAUGCCAAGGACGUCAAGAAGGAGUCUGCAUCGCCUGCGAAGGCAACCAAUGGCACUCCUCGCUUGAGUUCGCCCGAGCCUACGAAGGCCCUGCCGCAGAUUCCCAAGAACCCAUAUAUGACGCCAGAGUCAUACUCUCUGCCUGCGCAGCGCGAGCUCUCUSCCAAGAAAGAUGGGGUUGCUGAACAGGUCGUUGCCUCCUCAAGUGCGGUUCCGACGGCGCCUGUUGAGGCUUCUGAUGCCUUCAGCGCUUUGCUGGGCAAGCAGUUUGACUCACUCUACCAGCGCAUCGACGCUGACAAGCGUAUCAACGAGGCCAAAGCCGGUGCCAAGCAAGAUGCUCUCCUUCGUCUGGUGUCCUCUACCUUGACCGAGAAUGUCGACGCCAGCUUGGCCAAGAUCAUCACUACGCGCAUCCAGAGCGACGUCAUUCCAGCCCUGUCUGAAAUCACCAGCAAGGUGAUUGAUCGCAAGAUUGGCGAGUCACUUCCACAGCAGCUCAACGCUAGCGUUGCCACCGCGCUGAAGACGACGCUCUCCGGCGCACUGCAACAAGCCCUCAAAGACAAGGAAGUUCACCGCACCAUUGCCGACAUCACAGGCACCCAGGUUGCAGCCAAAGUCCAGCAACAAGUCUCCCACUUGUUGCAGCAACAGUUGCCCGGCAUGGCCAGUCAGGCCAGCCAGAAGAUGAUCUCAGACCUUGAGGGGAGAAUCGCGCAGCAGCAGCGUCAGGCUGAGACACAGCGUCAGCAAGACAGCGUCAAGAUCGAGGAGCUGUCCAGCAUCGUUCGCAGCCUCUCCUUGACCAUGCAGAAUAUGGCUGCUAGCCAGUCUGCCUUCCAGGAGCAGAUCCUCAAGAUGCAACGUGAGGCCAAGCCAACCGCUUCACCACCAGCCUCGACUGGCAACGCUCCCGAUGAAGCUGAGCCAGAAGACGCUGAUAUCGAGGACAUGACCGCCAAGCUCAUGUCCGGCCAGUUCGAGGAAGCCACGAUUCAGUGGAUUUCUUCGGACCGUCAGGCUGAACUCUUCGACAAGCUGUUCGUUCGGAUCAACCCCAGCUAUCUCGAUGGAGUCUCUCCGCUAGUGGCUCUCACCGUCUCUGCUGCCGUCACUUCCAGCUUCGACACGUACGUGGAGCAGCGUCUGGAGUGGCUCGGUCGCAUCAUCGCUCACAUCGACGUCCGUGAUGGAGACAUCAUGGAUGUUGCGCCCAAGAUCAUGGAUGUUCUCGCCCAGCGCAUGCAGGGUGUUUACAUGCAGAUCUCGGAGACCAACCCCGGCGACACUGCUACUCUGAGAGCCAUUGCGGCUCUCAACCGCCAGGUCAAGGAGAUCMGUCGUAUUUGCCAAUGA